AUGCUUUUUACGAAAGAGAUACCAUGGAGGCGCUUGGAGGGCAUAUCAUUUGGCAUGUAUUCCUCCAAAGAAAUAAGGAAACUGAGCGUCAAGAACAUCACAAAUCCUCAACUCCUAGAUGCUGUGGGUAGCGCUGCCCCCAACGGACUCUACGAUCUUUCUCUGGGUCCAUCUGAUUCCAAAGAAGUCUGUACCACCUGCAUGCAGGAUUUCAACAGUUGUCCAGGGCACUUUGGACACAUUGAGCUUCCCUUACCAGUUUACAACCCCCUCUUCUUUGAUAAACUGUACUUGCUUGUUCGGGGCUCCUGUCUGGCAUGUCAUAUGCUGAACUGCACUAGGGCUUCCAUUCACUUGCUGUUGCACCAGCUGGAGCUGUUAGAUAUAGGAGCACUAAAAGAGGUUUAUGAGCUGGAAAAUGUACUCAAUCAGCAUUUGGAAGGCAAUCCUCAAGCAUCUGGUGAAGACAUCCGGGAAGUUUUGGAUGAUUUUUGUGCUCCUAUUAUUAAAGCCAACAAGGGCAGAAAGAACAGUGCACCGAUCAAACAUUUGUGUGAGUUGAAAAGCAGCCUCAUUAACAGCUUUUGGAGAGUCCAUAUGAUCUCAAGGAAAUGCCCCUACUGCAAGAUCGGAAGGUCAGUGGUACGAAAAGAGCACAAUAGCAAACUUAUUGUCACACAGCCCCUGUCUAAAGGAAAUUCUGGAGAGAAAGAUGAUGACCCUCUGGCUGGUAAACGAGGUUACCUAACCCCAAGCAUGGCCAAACAGCAUAUUACCAAACUCUGGGAGAAAGAAGGUUUCUUUCUAAAACGCCUGUUCUCAGGACUGGAUACAGGGGAUCCUCAAGAUGGUUUUAAACCAGAUGUGUUCUUCUUAGAACUUCUGGUGGUUCCUCCAUGCAGGUACCGGCCUAUCAAUCGUCUUGGAGACCAGAUGUUUACCAAUGGGCAGACAGUGAACAUGCAGGCGGUGAUGAAGGACAAUGCAGUGAUCCAGAAACUGCUAGCGAUCACAGCUGCUGAGAAGGCCAAGGAGAUCGAAGGCACUGAGACGGAAAUAAAUGAAUCUGAUGAGGCAGUGGACUCCAAGCAGACGGACCAGGCAUUCUUGGCAGGAAUUCCUGGGCAGACACUCACAGACAAGCUUUACAACAUGUGGAUCCGGCUUCAGAGUCAUGUUAAUAUCGUGUUUGACAGCGACAUGGACAAACUAAUGACUGAAAAGUUUCCUGGCAUUCGUCAGAUCUUAGAGAAAAAAGAAGGCUUGUUCCGAAAACACAUGAUGGGAAAGCGUGUGGAUUAUGCGGCUCGAUCAGUCAUUUGCCCGGACAUGUACAUUGGAACCAAUGAGAUUGGAAUACCCAUGGUGUUUGCUACCAAGCUGACCUACCCUCAGCCUGUGACCCCAUGGAAUGUGAAGGAACUGAGGCAGGCGGUGCUGAAUGGGCCCAACGUUCACCCUGGAGCUUCUAUGGUCAUCAAUGAGGAUGGCUCACGAACCAUCCUCAGCAGCAUCAACGUCACCCAGAGAGAGGCCAUCGCUAAGCAACUUCUUACCCCCAGCACUGGCCCACAGAAGAUUCCCAUGAAGAUUGUGAAUCGGCAUAUUAAGAAUGGGGAUGUACUUCUUCUGAACAGACAGCCCACCCUGCAUCGCCCCUCCAUCCAAGCCCACUGUGCACGCAUCCUCCCCGGGGAGAAGGUGCUGCGGCUGCACUAUGCCAACUGCAAGGCCUAUAACGCCGACUUUGAUGGAGAUGAGAUGAAUGCACAUUUCCCGCAAAGUGAACUGGGAAGAGCUGAAGCGUACAUGCUAGUUAGCACAGAUCAACAGUAUUUGGUGCCUAAGGAUGGGAAGCCGUUGGCUGGCCUUAUCCAGGACCAUAUGGUCUCUGGCACCAACAUGACAAUCAGAGACUGCUUCUUCUCACGAGACCAGUACACUGAGCUGGUUUACAGAGGCCUAACAGACAAGUCCGGCCGCGUGAAAAUGCUUCCUCCUGCCAUCCUUAAGCCUUACCCUCUAUGGACUGGCAAACAGGUUGUGUCUACACUUUUGCUCAAUGUCAUCCCAGAGAACCAUAUCCCAUUGAACUUGAAUGGGAACGCAAAGAUCCCCAGUAAGGCUUGGGUGAAGGAAACACCUCGCCCUGUACCUGACUACCAACCUGAUACCAUGUGUGAUUCUAAGGUGUUGAUCCGUCAGGGAGAGCUGCUGAUCGGGGUGCUGGAUAAGGCUCACUAUGGUAGUUCAGCGUAUGGUCUGGUGCACUGUUGUUAUGAGCUAUAUGGAGGAGAGACCAGCGGGAAACUCCUCAGCUGCCUGGCACGCCUCUUCACUGCCUACCUGCAGUUAUACCGAGGCUUCACCCUGGGUGUGGAAGACAUUUUAGUGAAACGUGGUGCCAACAAACAAAGAAGAAAGAUCAUCAAAGAAUCUGUCAAAUGUGGUGCGAAGGCUCUUAAAGCAGCUUUCAACUUGCCCGCUACUGCUACAGAGAGUGAAGCCAGAGACCGUUGGCAAGAUGCUCAUCUCAGUCCAGACCAGCGUGAUUUCAACAUGGUUGACCUGAAGUUUAAGGAGGAAGUCAACCAAGUCAACAACAAUAUUAACAAGGUUUGCAUGCCCCUGGGUCUGCAUCGCUCCUUCCCUGAGAAUAACCUUCAGCUUAUGGUUCAGUCUGGAGCCAAAGGUUCUACUGUGAACACUAUGCAGAUCUCCUGUCUGCUGGGUCAGAUUGAACUGGAAGGUCGACGACCUCCACUGAUGCCUUCUGGAAAAUCACUGCCCUGCUUUCAGCCUUAUGACCCAGCGCCCCGAUCUGGAGGUUUUGUCUCCGGCAGAUUCUUGACUGGGAUCCAGCCUCCGGAGUUCUUCUUCCAUUGUAUGGCAGGGCGAGAGGGUCUUGUAGAUACUGCUGUCAAAACAAGUCGUUCAGGCUACCUGCAGAGGUGUGUCAUAAAGCACUUGGAGGGUCUGGUGGUUCAGUAUGACCUGACGGUGCGAGACAGUGAUGGAAGUGUAGUCCAGUUCCUUUAUGGAGAGGACGGCUUGGACAUCCCCAAGACUCAGUUCCUGCAACCCCGCCAGUUUCCUUUCAUUAAAGACAACUAUGAGGUCAUCAGAAAAUCCAAGUGUUUGGAUGAAGUCCUUGCCAGACUGGACACACAGGCUGCAGUCCAACAUUUUAACGCCAUUAGAAAAUGGAAGGCCAAGCAUGAGCAUGUGUCUCCCAGACAAGGCGCUUUCCUCCUUUUCUCCCAGAAGAAACUAGGAAAGAUGAAAUCCCGGACUCAGGACCAGCUGAAUGACUUAAACAACGGCAGGGAUACAGCCACACUUCAGCUGCUGGAGAGAUGGAGAUCUCUGGAUGAGGCCGGUCAGAUGAAGUACAUUAAGAAGGCCUCCCGCUGCCCAGACCCCUGUUUGACCACCCACCGACCAGACAUCACCUUUGGCUCUAUUUCUGAAACUUUUGACUCCAUCAUUGAGUCUUACCUCAGCCAGUGUAAUGUCAAGCAGGACCAUAAUGGAUGCCCUGGAGACCUUCAUACAGAGAGAUUAAGACAGUUACUGCAGCUGAAGUGGCAGCACGCCCUCUGUGACCCUGGAGAGGCAGUGGGUCUGCUGGCCGCCCAGAGCAUCGGUGAACCCUCCACUCAGAUGACACUCAACACCUUCCACUUUGCCGGCAGAGGAGAGAUGAAUGUCACUCUGGGAAUCCCCAGAUUACGAGAAAUCCUCAUGGUUGCAAGUUCCAACAUCAAGACACCCAUGAUGAGCAUUCCAGUGUUAAACAACCAAAUGGCUGUGAAGCGAGUUAAGAGCCUGAAGAAGAAGCUCACACGUGUGUGCCUGGCAGAAGUCCUGCACAAAUUGGACGUGAAGGAGACGCUAAGGAUUGAAGGGAGUCUAAGCCAGAAGAAGCGAGUCUUCACCCUCACCUUCCACUUCCUGCCUCCUGAACGUUACCAAGAGGAUAAGAUGCUCUCGCCCCAACAGAUUCUCCGCUACAUGGAGGACAGGUUCUUUCGUUUGCUGCUUGAGGCCAUUAAGAAGCGGAAUGCUAAGCUAGCAUCCCUUAGUGCCGUGGAUACUCGCAAAGCCUCAGCGAGGGAUGGGGAUCAGGAUACAGGGGAUUCUGGAGAUAGACAGGACGCUGGAGAGGAGGAUACAGAGGAAGGUGGGAUUGUGGAUGACGAGGCCAAUGAGGGUGACGCUGAUGCCUCGGAUAUGAAGAGGAGGGUGAACCAGGAGGAGGAGGUGGACUACGAAAGUGAAGAGGAUGAGGAGAAUAAUGAAGGAGAGGAGAUUGCUGAUGAUAGAGAGGAAAAGUCUGAGGAGACCGUUGAUGAGGAGACCACAGGAGCCUCACCACCGGCCACAGGAGCUUCUUCUGAGUCCCCCACAGAGCUAGGCCAAUCAGAGGACAGGAUGAGAGUCAAUGCUGUUCUGGACCACAGCUCUAGCAUCGAGGGUUACCGAUACGACAGCCAAAAUGGUCUCUGGUGUGAGUUGACACUUGUGCUACCUGUCAGCAAGGUGCACUUUGAUCUCACAUCACUAGUGGCUUCGCAGGCCCAAAAUGCAGUGAUCAUGGAGACUAAAGGCAUAACACGUUGCCUCCUCAAUGACGUCACCACCAAAGAGGGCAAGAAGGAGCUGGUGCUCAACACAGAGGGCAUUAACAUGCAGGAAAUGUUUAAACACAGUGAUAUUCUUGACCUGAAUCGGCUGUACUCUAAUGAGAUCCAUGCCAUGGCCAACACGUAUGGCAUUGAGGUGGCCCUGAGAGUCAUAGAAAAGGAGAUCAAAGACGUCUUUGCUGUCUAUGGUAUUGAGGUAGAUCCAAGGCACCUGUCCCUAGUGGCCGACUACAUGUGCUUUGAAGGAGUGUACAAACCACUCAACCGUUUUGGUAUUCAGUCCAACAGCUCACCACUGCAACAAAUGACCUUUGAAACCAGCUACAAAUUUCUUAAGGAAGCCACAAUGUUGGGCUCCCGUGAUAAGCUGUGCUCUCCCUCGGCUUGUUUGGUUGUCGGCAAGGUUGUGAAAGGGGGAACUGGACUUUUUGAUCUGAAGCAACCUUUGCAAUAGACUUGAAUAGUCCUGGUGUAGGAUUUUUUUACCGUGCGGAAAUGAGAUAUCCGUUCUCUGAUAUGCUUGUAACAGACACACAUGUUAAAACUGAGAGCUUAUUCUGUGUAUGA